UUGGCAUUUGAAGAGGCUGUGAACUGGAUGAGAUUCGUAGGUGACGUAACACUUCUGACUAAAUUAGGAUCACUGGAAAAUUGUUGGCCUAUGUUAAGUAUUUUCUUUACUGAGUAUAAGUAUCAUAUAACUAAAAUUGUAACAGAAGACUAUGAUUUGCUUGAGGAAUUUAACACCCCAGAUUGUGCAGGAUGUACAGAGCAAGGAGAAAUUAUGAAAAUAAGAGGAAAUGAAGAAUUUUCCAAAGAUAGAUUUCAUCUUGCUAUUAUUUAUUAUACCAAAGCCAUGGAAUAUAGACCUGAGAAUCAUCUGCUUUACGGAAACCGAGCUCUAUGUUUUCUUCGCACUGGACAGUUCAGAAGUGCACUUGGUGAUGGAAAGAGAGCUAUUAUUCUGAAGAACACUUGGCCAAAGGGUCACUAUCGAUAUUGUGAUGCUCUUUCUCUGCUGGGGGAAUAUGACUGGGCCUUGAAAGCAAACUUAAAAGCUCAAGAACUCUGUAGACAUAAUCCUGAAGGAUUGAAGGACCUAACCCAGCAGUGUUUAAAGUUCCAGAGACAAAUUGAUGAACUCCAAGCUAGACAAUCUGUGUCUUUAUCGGUAACAUUCACUACUUCACUUAAUUUUGUGGACACUACAAAAGGCUGCACACAAACUACUUAUGAAAUGGCAUGUGGUGGUAAAAGGACUAGGAAGUUUUCUCCCUUCCCACCCCUCCCCACAGGUAAGCCUUCAAGACGGGGAGGAAGGCGCAGGUCAAGAAACAGUGCCACAGCAGAGGCGUAUGUUUUUUCCCUAACUUCCCACGUGACAAUAAAUUUGAAAAACAUCUUGGAGAGACAGUUUUCUAAAUCUACCAGAGCUGCACAUCAGGAUUUUGUUACUUUAAUGAAAUUGCUGAGAGGCCUAAUGCAAGAUGGCUACACAGCUUUAUCGGACCGGCGGUGUCACUGUGCUGUACAGGCCUUUACACUUUUGCUAAAUGGUUUAGAUCCUCAAAAAAUAAAGCAAAAGAACCUGACCAUGAUCAACUGUGUCCUAGUGGUCUAUGGGCUUGGCCUCUCUCUGCUUGGAAUAGGAAAGCCUGAGGAAUUAGCUGAAGCUGAAAAGCAGUUCAGGCGGAUUCUUUCCUUAUGCCCCAGUGAAGGACUUGAUUGUUUGGCGUACUGUGGAAUUGGAAGUGUAUAUUUGAAAGAGAACAGUUUUGCAGAAGCUCUUAUACACUUUCAGGCAGCAAGGAAUGUGAUUGAUCAUCUUCCUGGUAUAUUAAGUUGGCCCACAAGAAAUGUGAUUAUUGACUCUCGGCCAUCGAAACUAAAGGAGCUGUUAGAAAAAUUUAUUGAAGAGUGCAGGUUCCCUCCAGAGCCAGAGGGUAUUUGUUCCUAUCACCAACACUGUACAUCUGUCAAAAUCCAGAUCUAUAUAAGUGAUCCAGACUUUAAGGGCUUUGUUCGACUCCUUUGUAGCCAGAUCUGUAAAGUCGAAUUUCACAUGAACUGUUGGAAGAAGUUAAAAGCAUUAAACUUUGGUGAUAAACAGGACAAGGACUUUCUAAAUACAGGAUGUCUUACCCCUGACUGCCAAGGUAUCAUUUGUAAGAUCACCGUUAUCAACUGUAAAGGUCGUAUUAAAUGUGAAUUUGAACACAAGGUCAUAAAAGAAAAGUUUCCUCCAAGACCUAUUCUGAAACAGAAAUGUUCUAGCCUAGAAAAGCUGAAAGAGAAAGAAGAGAAGAAAUUAAUGAGAAAGCUCCAAAAAGAAAAAGCAAAACAAUCAGUAAAGCAAAAACAGGAAGAGGAUUUAAGAGAAAAUAAUCCACCAAAAAAUGACAAGAAAGCUCCUGAAUCUGUUUGUCAGAGCUUUGGUGACAGACUUCUGGAGUGCAUAAAGCAGCACUCUGAGAAGAUCAAAUCUGGAAUAUUCAAUACUUCCCUGUUGAUGAAGGAAUUACUUUCUUGGAAAGUUUUAAGUAUGGAUGACUACACAACAUGCUUUUCCAGCAGAAAUUUUCUCAGUGAAGCAGUGGAUUUUGUCAUUCAGCACUUGAUUAAUGAAAAUAACAAAGUGAAAACAAGAAUAUUUCUUCAUGUUUUGAGUGAGCUUAAAGAGAUGGAUCCAGAUAUGGCCACCUGGGUUGGGAAACUCAAUGGCUUUGGCUUGACUGCUGCCGUACCUUUUCUUACUCGUCACAAAGCAUCUUUUAAGAACCUUGAUUUUACUACCAUAAGUUUUCUCUGGAAUGAGAAAUACAGUCAAAAACUAAGCUCUAUAUCAGGAAAGAAAUUUGACUAUUUCUGUGAGCCAGCAGCUUCAAAGGAAGCACGCUGCUUAAUAUGGCUGCUAGAAGACCAUAGAGAGAAGUUUCCAGCACUGCAUAGUGCUUUAGAUGAGUUCUUCGAUAUAUUAGACAGCAGCUGUACUGUGCUAAGGAAACAGGAACAUGAUGACAUGAAGUUUGUAUCUGCAAAAGUGAAAAACAAAGGAAAGAAGAAGAAACCAAAAGAUCUAAAGCCUAUGUUAGUUGGGUCUGGAACAACUUCAAUAAUAAAAAGUCUUAAAAGUGAGACUGUCACUAAAGGUGGUAACAAUAAUUCAGGUUCCUCCCACCCAUUUACGGUAACUGAACAUCUUCAGAAAGAUGUGGAGUUUGAAGUUUACUAUCAAAAAAAGCAAGAGCAGCAAAACCAAGACCAUGCUUCCCAGAGUAAGAUGAGUGACAGAAAUCCAAAGCAAAGAUGUUCAACUUUAUAUGAUUACUUUUCUGAGUAUCUGGAGGACAAUGGACCCUUGAACAUAAGACACAAAGUCUUCUCCGAUGAAUAUCAAUUUUUCCCAGAGGAAACUCAACGGAUAGUACAAAAAGCAGGAGGUUUGAAAGAAUUUCUCCUGAAAUGUCCUCGCUUCGUUGUGAUUGACAACUGUAUUGCCCUGAAAAAGGUUUCCACACAUGCCAAGAGAAAGGGAAAGAAGAAAACCAUUAAGGAAGAGGUGAAUGGCCUUUCACACAUAGAUGAUGAUAAGUAUUUGCCAUAUUUUAUGUCACUGAAUCCAGAUGCUGAGGAGUUUACACCAGAGUCAGUUUUGUCUUCAGCACCAGCUUCUCAGGAUGGAAUUCCUGAAGCAGCUUCAAUGGAUUCCCCCAACUCAGCUUACAAGGAUGGGGAAUCUGCGCUGGCAUCGGAAGGUUUCUCCAGACUGGUAUCCAGAGAUGGAGAGCUCAGGUGGGUCCCUUGUGAUUCUCCUCACCCAGUCUCUGGAGCUGUAGAUCACCCGAAAGUUUUUCCUGACAUUCCUAAUCCAGUGUCUGAAGACAUGGAACGCAACGACUGUGCUCAGCCCCAGAUGGUCACAGGCUACUACACGUAUAUUCCUUUCCAGGCAUACGACAUCACACAGAUCCCACCAGCAUAUAUCAGUGUGCUGCCAAGUGUACCCCAGUAUGCUGGCAUCUACACCCCUUUGGCCGACAUUUCUGAGUACCAGCUUCAAAGAGGAAUUCCAGUUGUGCCAUCUUUUGUCCCUCAUCGUAGUCCAGAUCCUAGUGCAGCUGUUUAUUUUGAGGGUCAUCAUGGGAAUUCUGUGAAUGCCUGUGGCAACCAGAUGAGCUCCAAAGCACAAAUCCAGCAAGGCUGUCUGGGAGCAUCACCGAAACCACUGAGCUACAGACCACAUGCUGCUGGUACCGCCCAUAGUGAGGUUAGCGGGAAAGACAGUCAAAGUGGGAAGCCUCACAGCAAAGAAGAAGGAAACAGAAUCCGGACCAAGGCAGUCAGUGUUCAUCCGCCUACACAGACUACUGCUGUGCAGGUGACCUGGAGUGUAGCACACCAGGAGGUCAAUACUGAUCCUUAUGCACAUUUUGAGACAGAGCCAGGAGAUAUUUCAAGAAUUGAAAAAGAAUACAGGAAACUACAAGAGCAACUUGAGAACGCAUAUGAAAAUUUUGAACAAACCAGAUUCCAGGGCUUAGCAGCAAUCAGGGACCUGGAGGAAAAUGUGAGAAGAAAUGUGGAACUGAGUGAGAUCUCCAAAGUGGAAUUAGAGUGGCUCACCCAAGAUUUGGAAAAAGAAACUAAACAAUGGCAGCAGCAGAAAAAAGAAAAUCAAGAAAAACUAAAAGCACUGAAGAAGAAAGUCAAAAGGCUUCACACUGCAAGUGAAACGUGUACCCAGAAAAAUGAUGAAAAGGAUGAGGAACAUGGAUUACAUCUGGAUGAAUCCCUUGAAAUCAGAAACAGAUUUGCAAAUGAGAAAGCAAAAUUGCAAGAAAGCAUAAAGAAAGGAAAAGAGGAUUAUGAAAAAGCCCGUGAAAGGCUCAUUGAUGCAGAGGUAUCUGUGCUUGAAUGCUGGAAGGAAAUGCAUGUGUGGAACCUAGAGGUCACUCAAGCAAAGGGGAAAUCCUAUAUUGAGUUCCUGAAAAAGCAUGCCAGUAAUGUUGACCCAGCUCUGGUGGAAGCUGUCUUACAUGAAUGGGAAAUGUAUUUUUCUUGGACCAAAGAAGAGCUUGAAACUGCAGAUUUGUGGUUGGAAGGAAAAGUUGAGGAAGCUAAAAGUGGUGCCACCAUCAUGGAAAUUGAUAGAAUGCUUUCUCUUCCAGUCUUUGAAAAUUACUGCCCUGAGUCUUUGGGCUCUGAUGGAAGGCAGACGGCAGACAGCAAGGAUGCCGGUGUUGCACCAGAGCACGCUUCUGCCGAGCAGUCCGAGGUCGCCCGGCUGCUGGCGUGUGCCAAGAAGUCUGUCCAGGAGGCUCAGUCAAAGCAGAACCCCGUGGCUGGUCAGAAGGGACAGGCCAGUCGUUCAAACCAGUCUUUGAGGAAACCUUUCAACACCAUCAUCGAGCACCUGGCAGCAGUGUUCCCGGGCUACAGCAGCUCCGAGCUUGCCGGGUUUGUUAAGAAAGUGCGAACCAAGAGCUCACUGUUAGGACUGAGUAUUGAUGAGACGGUUGGGAGAGUGAUAGAGCACAUCCUGGCUGAGCAGAAGAAAAAGCCAAAUCCAGGGACAGAUCAGAGGACCUCUGAGCCCAGCCCUGCUGCUCCUGAAACCAUGUCCCUGGGUGUCCAGCCCUCGGUGCCUGCCACAACGCUGCCCAAACCCCAGGGCCAGAGGCCAGAAGGCGAAAGUGCAGUCAGUCUCUGUGGCUGGAGAGUUACUCUUGCUUAG